AUGCCUGCCUCUGCCUCUGCUAUUUCACCUCCUGUUAUCAGCACCCACUACGGCACAAUCUCCGGUGGUGUAUCUCCAUUCCGUGGAGGUGACAAGGCCUAUGUCUACAAGGGAAUCCCCUAUGCUCAGCCUCCGACUGGUGCCAAUCGCUGGACACAAGUGGCCGGUCCGAGUUACUGGGGAGCGCUGGAUGCCACGGAGUUUGGCCCACAGUGUGCGCAGACCAUUAGCGAUGCCGGCAUAUUUUCUAGUGGCAAGAACACUACCAGCGAGGACUGUCUCUAUCUCAAUAUCUGGACGCCAGCGUACAAGGAGGGUACCAACCUCACCUCUCUCAAUCUUCCUGUCUUUUUCUGGAUCUAUGGUGGCCGUUUUGAGGGCGGCUCUGGUGAUGUCAAGACCUAUGACGGCACUGGAUUGGCAGAGAAGGAAAUCAUUGUCGUGACCAUCAACUACCGACUGGGUCCCUUCGGAUUUCUCGCCCACCCCGAAUUGAGCGCGGAGUCCGAUCACAAUAGCUCUGGUAACUACGGCCUUCUUGACCAGCAGGCUGCUCUCCACUGGGUCAACGAGAACAUUCAGAAAUUCGGCGGCAACCCGAACCAGAUUGUUGUCGGUGGUCAGUCUGCCGGCUCUGCUAGUUCUCUGGAUAUGAUGUACAGCCCUCUGGUUAAGGGCCUGUCGAGUGGAAUCAUUUCCGAGAGCGGCGCCCGUGGAAUACACGAUCCUAUGACUGGAACCGUUGCCACCAGUUACCGUACUAAGGCCGCCGCUGAAGCGCAGGGGGUCCGGUUCCUUAAAAACUUGAAUGUUUCGUCGAUUGCUGAGCUCCGUAAUGUCUCCAUGGAUGCACUUCUUGAAUACGACUCCUUGAGCGACACGAUCUGGGAAGGAACACCUUUUGCAAAUCUCUCUGAUAUCUUCAUGGAACCCCCGAUGUGGCGCCCUAACAUCGACGGCUACGUUUUCCCAAACAAAUAUGGCCAGGCAUUGCAUAAGAACGCCCAUGCAGAUGUUCCUAUCCUCACCGGAAAUAACAAGGACGAGUCUGGCGCAUCCCCGGACCUCUCGUACACCGCUGCCGAUUACCACCAUCUCUACGGCAACCUGUUUGGCAGUGAUCUUGGGGACGAAUUCUUCGAACUCUACCCAGGCAAGAACGAGACUCAAGCCUCCGAGAGCGCAAGAGAAUUCUACCGUGAUCUCAGCCGUGUCGGUACCUGGCACUGGGCCAUCGAUUGGGCCGCUGGGGGUGCAAAGAACCCUGUGUACACUUACUACUUCACUCACGCGCCCGCCGAGAACAAGGACGAGGGUGCCUAUCAUGGCUCCGAGCUGUGGUACACCUUUAAUAACAUCCCCUACGCCUCGUAUUCCAACGUGACCUGGACCGAGUACGACUACGCUGUUGAGCAGAAGAUGGCGGAUUACUGGGCCAACUUCAUUCGCUCUGGAAAUCCUAAUGGAAGCGGCCAGCCUAAGUGGCGCGCCUCCGGCAAGAAGACUGAGACCAUGUGGCUGGGUAACUCGUGGGGUAUGGGCCCGAUCUCCAUGGAGCAGCGACGUAUUGACUUUCUCCAUAAAUGGACUUCGAAGUUGCCCCAGUGGUAA